AAUCACCAUCCAGUUAAACCUCUUCUUUUCCUUCUUCUAUGCCGGCAGAUUCAUUAAACCACCACCAAAUUACAAUGGAGAAGAAGGGCUGCUGCUGCUGCUGCCAUUGAUGAAUGAUCGUCUCUCCCUUCUCUCCGGCGACUGUUUGCUUCUUUCUCAUAUAAAACGGUCCUCUGUUUCGAACUUUCAUUCCUGGAAGUUGCCGCCUUUCGUCCUUUUCCCCCAUCUUUUUUUUCGUACUUUUCUUUCCAUCUCCUCCUUAGGGUUCUUCGUAUUCAAACAAUACGUUUAUCAUCAUCAUCAUCUACAAACAAUUUCUUCUGUGUAUUAUCACUUUCUGCAGCAACGGAGGAACGCUUCCACUGCAUUGUGAAUAGUACAUUAAAAAAAACAGAGUAUGGCUACUUCUUAUCAUGGUAUUGGUAGCACACAUUCAGAACCAGCAAAAUCUGAACAGAUAAUCACUGAAUUAUUUACAAAGAUUCUUCAGAUAAUACUGGAAUCGAGGCGCCCUCAAGUCUAUUCACGAAAUUUUAACCGUGAACAAGCUGCUGUGAUUUCAUCUCCUGCAUCAUCAUCAUCUUCAUCAUCAUGUUCAACUAUUAGGUCAAGAGACAAGUGGUUUAAUUUAGCUAUAAGGGAUUGUUCUGCAGUUCUAGAGAACAUAGAAUUCUGGCGUCAAACUAAUUUUGACCCAAUGGUGAUUGAUGUCAUAUUGAUGCGAGGAUCAAAUGAGAAGAUAAUAGAAAGAUGGGUCCUGCAGUAUAAUAGUAGUAAAGAGGAUUGUUCAUCAUCAACAUCCAAGAGAUGUAGUAGUAGUAGUGGCGGUAAAAGUUUGAAUGCUUUGUAUAGGAAAUCAAUACUGCUAUUGAGAUCAUUGUAUUCUUCGGUUAGGCUAUUGCCUGCUUACAGACUCUUUCGUGAUCUGAAUUCAUCUUGUCAAAUCUCUCAUCGAGUGUCUACAUUUGUUGAGCCAUUCACACGUAAUGAGGAAUCAGAAAGGCAGCAAUUUUUGUUCACACCAUUAGAGACAAUUUCAGGUAGGAUUUCCCUGUCCCUUUUAUAUAUACCAUCGAUUUCAGAGGCCAAUUCUGAUAAGUUGAUGUCAAGAUUACCAGUUGCACCUCAGCUUAUAUCACAUUAUAUUGGUAGUCCAUUGUCUAAUCCACUUAAUAAGAAGUUCCCUUCUUUAGUUUGUUCUCCACACCCACCACCACGUCCAUUUAGCAGCAAGCACGGCUUGCCUCCUCUUUCGUCAUCUAAUUGCUCAAGGUCAGACAGAAAAUCUCGUUUGGUUCAAAGCAGUUCUUCUACAACUGACGACAAGCAGCAGCAAUGCACAUAUGGGCAAUCAUCAUCUACAUCAGGAAGAUAUUCAGUUGUAAAGACUUCAGUUUUAAGUAGAUUAUUAGCAACAUUUGAAGAAAAUUUUGAUGAUUCUAAAUUUUCCGGGGCAUUCUUGGAUGAUGAAGAUUUAACUAAUGACCCUGUCUUCAACAGGAGGAAGAAAGAUGCAGCUGUUGGUGCUCUUGUACAAAUGCUGAACAAAGCCCCACCUCUUGGGGGGUGUUUUCUUCGAAAGACAACAGCCGAUGCAUUAGAAGAGCUACGCAGCUAUAGUGAUUUCAAACACCUUUUGCAAACCACCGGCAGUGGUCGUGGUGCUGCUGCAACCAUCAUAACCCCGAGCCCCCUCGAAUCUGGGCUUGUGUGA